UGCAAGAAAAAUUAAAAAUUGAGCAACAAAAAAGGCAGUGGGUUUCAAAUGGUAGAGAAAAUUGGUGAUGAAGGUGGUGAUUGUUCUUUGCCGGACAAGCAGCGAUGCAAGAGAAGCGAUGGCAGGAAGUGGCGUUGCCGGCGACCGGUGAUGCAGGGGAGGACUCUCUGUGAAGCACAUUUUGCACAAAGCCACUACCGCAAGCAAAGAGAGCCAGUUCCUGAUCAUCUAAAACUCGAGAGACCAAAACCCACGGCAGAUCUUCCACAAAUCGAUGAAGAAUCAAGUGGAAAUCUAAAGAUUAUGGAAAAUGAGGAUGUUGGUUGUCCCAUUUUACCCCAAAAACGAAGUAGAAGGAAGAGAAAAGAGGAAAAUUCAGUUUGUGGUUUUGGAGAAAACCCAACUGACAACCUCAAAAUUAGGGCAAAUGGAGAUGCGGGUUGUUCCAAUUUGCCCCCAAAACAGGGUAAAAGGAACAAAAGAGAGGAGAAAUCUUCAGUUGACAUUUCUGAGAAACUUGAUGAUGCUUUGAGAAAGAUGAACUUGGAGAAGGGUGAUCUCCAAUUAGAUUUGAUCCGAGGGUGUUUGAUGAGACAAGUGGAGAAGAAAAAAGAGAAACAAUUGACGACAAAAGAAAAUGUUGUGAGAGAUUUGAAGUAUGGCAGGCUAGAAAUUUCACAAUCUCCAGUAUCAUCAAGACUCAUCUCAGGCAACAAUGCUGGUUCUUUGAAUGUCAAAGUUGGGGUUCCUGCUUCAAAUUUUUUUCCUAGAAGGGUUUUCAGAUCAAAAAACAUAGAACCACUCCCUAUUGCUACAAUGCAGAUUUUACCAAGUGUAAAAGCAAAGGUGAAAGUGGCGAAAAAGAAGUGCCACUGGUGUCGGAAGUGUGGCUAUCGAAAUUUCAUCAAGUGCUCAACUUGCAAAAAACAUAUCUUUUGUGAAGAUUGUGUCCAAGCAAGGUGUCUUGAUAAGACAAAUGUCAAGAAAAAUUGUCCGGUUUGUUGUGGAACUUGCGAUUGCAGAGCUUGCAUAAAGGAAAGAUCUAAAGACGUCAAAAUUACGGAUCUCGUUGUUUAUAACAGCAAAAAGAAGUUUGACAAAAGUGAACAACUUCUUUAUAUGAUCGAUAUGCUUCUUCCUUUGCUUGAACAAAUAAAUCAAGAAAAAAUCGUUGAGCUCAAUAUGGAAGCUAAAAUCAAAGGUAAAGUGCAUCAUACCGAGCUGCAGAUUCAGCCUGCUAUAGAUUCCAAAAAGCAGCAGUGCUGCAGUUUCUGCAAGUCUUAUAUUGUGGAUGUUCAUAGACGUUGCGAAAAUUGCUCGUAUAUGCUUUGUAUAUCUUGUUGUUGGGAUUUUCGUGAAGGACAGUUGCAUGGGGGUUUUCGAGAUUUCAAAUACAUGAGCACAGAAAAACGGAAAUCUUUGUCAACAAUAUUGUGGAACUGGAAAACAAGUGAAGAUGGAAGCAUAAAAUGCUCACCAAAGAAUUUAGGUGGUUGUGGGAAUGGUGUUCUUGACAUAAGAUGUCUUUUUGACUUUAAUUGGACUAACGAGCUUGAAACAAGUGCGAAAGAAAUCAUUUGCAAGUAUAAGUUCACAAAAUCUUUGGAGGUUACAUCAUGCUGCUCACCAUCUGAUGGAAAUGCCGAAACGGGUAAUGAAAGUGACGAUAGAAUCUUGUUCAAGAGCAAGUGUUUGUAUUUAUCCAUGAGGGAUGAUCUUCGGGACGAAAAUCUACAACAUUUUACACAGCAUUGGGUCAAAGGGCAACCUCUUAUUAUUCGAGAUGUGGUCAAGAAUGAUCCUGAAUUGAAAUGGGAUCCGGUUUUCAUGUUCUGCACGUACCUAGAAGCGAGUGCUAAAUACCAAAAGGAUGAAGGAGCAGAGGUGGAAAACUGCUCCAAUUGGUAUGAGGUGGAAAUGGGUAGGAAGCAGAUCUUUAUGGGGGGUAAAACACAUGCAAAUGUACAGAAUGAGGUUCUGAAAUUUAAAGUUCAGCUAUCAUCUGUUUUCUUCCAGCAGUAUUUCCCAAGUCAUUAUGCUGCCGUGAUGGGUGAUUUGCCACUUCACGAGUACAUUAAUCCAUUGAGUGGUCUUCUAAAUCUAGCAUCAAAGCUGCCACGGGAAACUCAGAAUCUUGACUUGGGUCCUCUUAUCUAUCUUUCAUAUGGUAGACCUGGAGAGCCUAUAGACCCAGAUUUUUCAACGAAAUUAUGUUAUCAUGCAUUUGAUGUGGUGAAUAUUCUUGUGCAUGCUACAGAGAUCCCAAUUUCUGAGAAAAAGUUUAGUAGAGUAAAGAAUUUGAUGAAUAAAUAUGGUUCACAAGAUCAUAACGAGUCCUUGAGUAAGACUGAGUCCCAGAAUAAAAUAGAUGAUUUCUUUGGAAAAUCAUCAGUCUGUAGUGAUCUCACCCAAACAAAUGAAGAACUCAGUCGAGUACCUAAUGGGGAAGUAUGUGUGCUUUCUGAUGAUUCAAGCAUUGAAGUGUCAGAUGAUGAGGAUUUGUAUUCUAAUUAUUAUGGAGAGAAACUUGUUCUUGAUACUCAUGGGGCCCUGUGGGAUGUUUUUCGACGACAAGAUGUUCCAAAGCUUGUAGAGUAUCUUAGAAAGUAUUCUAAUGAACUCAAGGAAUCCCACUCCUCGCCCGAAAAGGUUGUUCACCCGGUUCUUGAUGAAAGCUUUUAUUUAGACGCCUUCCAUAAAAGGAAACUUAAGGAAGAGUUUGAUGUUGAACCAUGGACAUUCGAACAACAUAUUGGUGAAGCCGUUUUCAUUCCAGCUGGAUGUCCGUAUCAAGUCAAGAAAAUUAAGUCUUGUGUUAAUCUGGUUUUGGAGUUUAUCUCACCCGAAAGUGCAUCUGAGUGCUUCAAGUUGAGUGAGGAACUCCGUCGGCUUCCCAUGAAUCACAAAGCAAAAGGGAAAAUGCUAUCGGUCAAGAAAAUGCUUGUCUAUUGUAUAGAUGCGGCAAUUGAAGAAAUCUCUAGGGUUUCACAUGCGGAGAUCGAUGGUGUAACUAAAGAAUAAAAUCAACUUUUGGUUUAUUCGGGCGGUUCAGUACCAAUUGUCAUCGGUGUUGUUUGUGAUGCAAGAGGAAGAUAUCAAACCUUCUUGAUCCGGUGCCAAUCAACCAUCUAUAUUGCAAUGUAUGAACAUGGUGGUCUUGGUGAUUCUUGGUUUCUCGUUUCGUAUGGACUUUCUAAAAGCGGACUUACAAAGAUGCCAAUUCAACAAGGUAUAAAUGCAGUUAGUGGUUGAUUGGUUAUCCUCCCUUAAAAGUGUUCCAUGACUACCAAAUGGAGCUUUGUGAUAGCAAAGAAGAACAAGAGGUAGCCAUGACCGUUCUCUAUUCUCAAUUUCUCGUUCCACAUGGCUUUCUCAAAACAGAGUUCCAAAUUAAGCUGCCUGAAAACACGAAAGAAUCUGAUUGUGGCCCCGUUGCAAGUAGAAAGAACGUUGAAUAACCGAGAUAAGAUCUAUCCUUUCUUCUAUUUACGGUCUGCAAGAUUCUAGGUCUGGAUCGGGUUUCAGGAAAUCUUUGAAGGAGCCACUCCUAGAAGUUGUUACAGACAUGGGCAGCCCGUCUGUAUAGAAUAUUUACAACCCUUAACGGUGAUACCACUCUGUUUCGUCUUUGUGCUACCAUUGUCACUGUCGUUGGAAAACUGAGAGGCUAUAUAGUAGCAUAUCGAAGCUUAAAUUUUAGUUUGAAUGGUGGACAUAAACAUGGAAA